CUUUGUACCUGAGGACAGUGUGCGAAUCUUUAAGUACAUGUUUAAUUAUUGGCCUGUGAAUAUUUUCGGACGAGUUAUGGAUGUAUGGGGCUGACAGCGACUCACAGUUUUGGAGCUAAAACGUCUGUGAGGACAAAAAGAGAAAAGAGGGAGGAUAACAACAACUGGGUGAAAAAAAAUCAAAGACGGUCAAGGGUACAGACUCAAAGGCACUGAAGCUGAAGGGAUACCAGACUUUUCCCUCAUCUCCAAGCAGCCAUGGUCUUCCUGCUCAUAUUUGUAACUGCGCUGCAUCUGGUCACCUUGGCCAUGCUCGUCGUCGCUACCCUGGAGAAGUCCUGGUGGAUAUGGGAUGAUUUAGAAAUCACAGACCUAUGGUAUAACUGCUUCCAUGAUAAUGCCACACAGACCUGGAUGUGUGCUGCUACUAAUGAAAGCGACUGGCUGCAGUCUGUCCAGGCCCUCAUGGUCCUCUCUGUGGUCUUCUCCUGCAUCUCCUUCCUGGUUUUUCUGGGUCAGCUGUUCACCAUAUCCAAAGGAGGACUCUUCUACUUCACAGGCCUCUGUCAGGCCUUUGCAGGUUUCACAACCUUUGCUGCUUGCCUCAUCUUCACCUUCCACAGAAAGGAGAUCUUAAGUGACUCCAGAGAUCUAAGCAAGGGACGCUUUGGCUACUGUUUCAUCCUGGCGUGGCUGUGUGUCCCUCUCCUCUUGGUUAGUGGAGUCCUAUACGUCCACCUGCGCAAGAAGCAGUGAGCCAAAAACUGGAAAAACCUCUUAAUAAGAGUGUGAUGCUCUGCACUUACUUUCCAGUUAUCAGUAAGCGCACAUGAGGCACGUUGUUGUUACCAGAUCAAGAAAACUCAGUCAUGCUGUAAGACACGUGUUAGAAAAAGCAUUCUGACAUAGAAAUAUAAGGUAAAUAAAACUUGUGCUUAAUGUAUGAUUUUGAUUACAGUUUUUGAUGUAUUUUGUAUAUAUCUGUGUUUACGUAUUAAAAAAUCAAUACACCUAU